AUGUCGUCCGAGCGGGAGAGUGAGAGGCUUUGUCCGCAUCCAAAAAAAGUAAGCUCGCCAGUUUUUUUUCGGCUUCAGAGAAAACAGCUCCUUCUUAGACAACCCAGUUUGCAGAAUCUGUCGGGCUACGGUCAGUGCGAAGGGGGCAACCUUUUUACCAACCUUUUUACCCACCUCCAUGUCCAUCACCCCGCGGAUUACGCCCUUUUACAGAGAGGAGCUUCAAAGAAGACUGAGAAACCCAGAGUCUCGGGUCAGCUGACACUUUUUGAGUCUGUGGAAAGGAAGAGGAAAGCAGACAUGGCUAGUGCAUCUGAGGACACAGCCAUCACUGAGUCACUAGCCUACUUCAUAGCAAAGGACAUGAUGCCCUUUAGAAUAGUAGAGAGGCCAGGAUUUAAUGCACUGAUGAAAACAGUUGAUCCAAAAUACAAAAUCCCAAGAAGACAACACUUUUCUGAAAAAGAAAUCCCAAACAUGUACUUAAAAUUAAAAUUUGACAUUGCCAACACUAUGGCUGAAGCCAAACACUUUGCAUUUACAACUGAUCUCUGGAUCAGUAAUACUGGACACCCCUAUAUGAGCUUAACAGUUCAUUUCAUCACACCAGCAUGGGAAAUGAAAGCUGCAUGUCUAGAGACUGCAUUUUUACUUGAUGACCACACCAGUGAGAACAUUAAAGAGACAUUUGAAAACCUAAUUAAAGAGUGGGGAAUUCAGCAGUCAGCAGUGGAGUGUGUCACUACUGACAAUGGCACAAAUAUGAAGGCUGCAUUUAAAUCCCUCCUCCCAUCGAACUGGCUCAGCUGCUUUGGACAUAAUUUAAAUCUUGCUCUUGGAAAGGCCCUGAAGAUUGACCAAGUGGAUGCUUCUGUGAGGGCUUGCAGGAGUGUCGUACAAGGAUUUAACCACUCAUGGAAGAGAAGGAGAGAGCUGGCAAAAAAGCAAGCAGAACUUAAUCUUCCUCAACAUACCCUGAUCCACGACAUUGUGACUAGGUGGGGGUCUACGUACGACAUGAUUUCUAGAUUUGUUGAACAACAUGCUGCGGUGACAGCAACUCUCAUGGCUGACAGAAAUACCAGGCAUCUUGUGCUAAGGGGGUCAUACAUCUCUACACUUGUGGACACAUGUAAGGUGCUGAAGCCACUCAGAACCUUUACUGAUUCCCUGGCUGCAGAGACCUGUAUCACAAUCUCAUCCCUGAGGCCUGUCCUUCAGCAUCUGACUGAAUCCAUCCUGGCAGAAAAGGAUGAUGACAGCAGCCUUGUGAGGAGCAUGAAACAUGCAAUCUGCAAGAACUUACAAGAGCAGUAUGAGGAUUCUAAUAUGGCUAAUGUGAUUAACAUGGCCUGCGUACUUGACCCCCGCUUCAAGUUGAACUUCAUGGAAGAGGCAGAUUCAAUCAAAAGACAGCUAGAGCAGCAUCUCACGCAGGAGUCUUCUAACAAUGUAGGUAGCACUUCUACUCUCUCACAGGAGUCUUCUGCCAGAGGAGAAUGUGAAGAUGAGGGGAUCAGUGUCUCUAUCCCUGAGGCCCCAAAAGGCUUGGCUGGUUUUCUCAAAAUGAUAACAAGGAAAAAACAGGAGAAGAGACAAUCAGCAGAAAUGGUUAAAUCUACACCAGCAUUUCAAGAAGUUUCUGCAUACACAGCCUUGCCCACUAUUUCUGUGGAUAAAGACCCACUGCAGUGGUGGAAAGACAAUGAGGAGGAGUUUCCAAGGUUGGCAAAACUGGCACAGAAGAUCCUUUGCAUUCCCGCCACCAGUGUUGCAUCAGAAAGACUUUUCAGUUCUUCAGGAAACAUUCAGACAGUGUUUUGCUCCAGUUUGAAACCAGAGAAACUUAACAUGCUUGUCUUCCUUCACAAAAAUUUGCCAUAGAUUGAGAAUGUAAGAAGUGAAAAUGC